AUGGAUGUAGAUACGCCAGUUGCAAAUACGCCAACCGCUCGGGCGGUAACCAAUGUGCCACGCAACGGGCCUGCACCAGCGCCCCGAACGGUAGUUGCAACAGCAUCGGCUGCUGCUCCGGCAACCACGCCAGCACCUGUACCCGCGCCUCGUGGUGGCACCCGACCACCACCGAUCACAUCGAGGACUUCGGAGACCCGUCGGAUAAGCGGCAGCAAGUUGCCCAGGCCCACGGGUAUUGCCUCAACUGCCUGUCGCACACUCAUACGACUAGCGGAGUCAGGCUGUGCCAGUUGUCACCGCCGCACCACACGCCCGUCACGGGAAUUGCCUCAAUCGCGGCCGCCUCGACUUCCACCCGCUGAUCGUGUCAUACACCAGCGGAGUGGAACCUCGGUGCGGCGUCGACAGACUGGACCACCACCUAGCCGAUCCACGGGUCUGAGCAGCGUUGUGGCUACGCUGCAACAGCUGCAGCGCCUUUUAGGCUAA